UCAAACUCCUCUCUUUUUAGAUUUAAAGCAAACAAAAGGCAACUUACCUUUCUUGUGGUUGAUGCAAGGAAGAACAAGCCAUAUUCUCCAGUCCCUUUAAAGAGAGAAGGUUGGAGAGGGGAGGGAGAUGAGAUUGGCAUCGAGGUCCCUGCACAAGGGCACCGUGAUGGCAGGCAAAAACAGGAAGAAGUCCUAUGGUCUGCUGCUGCUCCUGGCACUUGGAGCAGCAUUGUUGAGCGUCAUCGUGCUGCAGAAGUUGAGGGAGAGACGUGUCCUCGGCCUCCUCCUCCAGGACCGAGAGCAUGAGCUGCUUGCUUUUGAGCUCCUUUUACAGAAAGAAAGAGAGACUACCAAAGAAAUGAAAAGCAGAUUGGAUGACUUGAGAAACAAAACAAUUUCUUUAAGCCAACAAAAAUCCGAGCUUUACAACAAGCUCACAGAAACAGAAAUGAUGUUUGCCGAACUCAAAAGGACAAAAAAAGAGAUGGAAGCAACCCUUGAGGACAAGGAGAACCAGAUCAUUCAAAUAACAAAACAAGCAGCAGCAUCCGUAGUGGCAGACCGCAAAGCAUCUGAUCUGACUGAAAUUUUGAAGAAAAAAGAAGAUGAAAUUGAAGAAAUGAAACAUAAACUUUCAGAAGUACACCAACCUGAGAACAUUACCACAGAAGAUGACAUUGUUAGGAAUGUGACAGGUCCUGAUUACACCAAAGAAAAUGAAGAUCUCCAAGAUAGAUCAUUAGCAAGUACAAAUCCUGGUGACAGGAAAACCUCAGAAGAGAAAACACAAGUUGGUGGUGCAAAUGAAGACAAUUCCAGCAAAGGAACAUGGGUGAAGCUUGAGACCAUCAUUGAGAAUGAAGGCUUGAAAGAUGAAAGUGAAAGCAAUGAUGAACAAAUUGCACCAGAAGUUUCACAGGAGAAUCAGCUGGAAAAGAUUGAAGUUUCUCAGGGUAGUGAACACUCAAAAAAGCAGGGAGAAAUAGAUCAAGAAAUUCCACUGGAGGCUGAAGAACGUACCAAGAAACUUAACGAUGAAGAGACUGUGGUUGCUGGUGAUAACAAACCUAAGGUAACAGAAAUGGAGGAAAAAGAACAAUGGGGUCCUGAAGAUGAUAGCUCAGGAAAACUAAAGAACUCUCGGUUCAGCAAUGAACAAAAGGUAAGUACAGAUCUCAAAGAGGUUACGGCCAUUGAUGGCCCCAAAAUGAAACAUCGACGUCAUAAAAGGACAAAAACAAGAAGUAGAAGACGACAAGUAGUUCCAAAAGGAAUGGAACUAGAGAAGUCUGCUUGGGAGGACAAUAGGGUUACACCAGAAGAUGAAAGUCAGGUAAUAAGAACCGAAACAGAAGAUUUGACAACAGAUGCUGGAAGCAGCAAAGGUGAUGAUAAAGAACAAGCAAACCAUACAAAUGAUGCAAGUGUCAAAAUGACCACAAGUCUUCAUGAGAAUGAGGUUCCUCAAACUAUGGAAAACAAGGAAAGAAAUAAAGAAGAUGAAAUUGAAGGAAGCAUACAUAUUACUGAUGAUAAUCCCAAAUCAGAACAUGCAGCAAAAGGGUCAUUUUCCGGCACCAACGAACUAGAUGGUCCAGAAAGCCUUUCAGAUAGCAAAUCACAAAAUCAUGAGAGCAGUGAAGAUAUUCAGCAACCUGGAGGAGAGAGUUCUACUGGAAGUGAACACGAGGGAGAAGAAAAGGAAGCAGUCUCAACAGAUGACAAACUGAGAGAAUCUGAGAAGCCUCAAAAUGAUGACUCGGUGAAACCAAAUGACGGUAAUCCUCACAAUGACCACCAAGAAGCAAUGGUUAGUUCAACAUAAACCAUGAACAUUAUCAGAUAUCAUUAGAACAGAGUUUCCAUACACUAGAUUCCAACAGUUGGUAGUUAAAAAGCUUGCAUUGAGACCGACGAGAAGGAUGGACAAUCUAAGAUGCAGAAAAUAAGGAACUUCUAUGGUUUACCAGGAAAUUGGUACUACCAUUAUAUCCUGUUUGGAACAAAAUGUGAUGUCAUAGCCCAGUAGAACAAUGUAGUUUAUUUGUCUUUGUUCAGAGUGAUGGAUGCAAUAAUAGUGACUAGACAUUGUUUUCCAACCAUACGAAUGGUAUUCAAUAAGAUGCAACUUUUUUU